CACUUGAUAAGUGCUUGCAGUCACUCUGGGCUUGUUAAGGAGGGUAAACAUUACUUCAAAAUCAUGUCACAAGUUUAUGGGGUUGAGCCAAAGUUGGAUCACUACUCUUGCAUGGUUGAUCUUCUGGGUCGCUCUGGGCUGUUGAAUGAUGCUUAUGAAAUGAUCAAACUCAUGCCAUUAGAACCUAAUGCUGCUAUUUGGGGAGCUCUUCUUGGUGCAUGUAGGAUUUUUGGAAAUAUUGAACUUGGGAAGGAAGUGGCAGAGCUAUUGAUAGUGUUAGACCCAUGGGAUCCGAGAAACUAUAUUAUGCUAUCUAAUAUACUCUCUGCAGCUCGUUUAUGGAAGGAUGCUGCAAAGGUUAGGGUUUUGAUGAAGGAGAGAGGUCUUAUGAGAAGCCCUGGGUGCAGUUAUAUUGAAUAUGGAGACGAAAUUCAUCAGUUUUUGGUGGGUGAUCGAUCACAUCCUGAAUCUGAGAAAAUACAUAAAAAGCUGGAGGAUGUAAUGCAAAAAAUUCGAGAAGCUGGAUUUGUGUCUAGAACAGAAUCUGUCCUGCAUGAUGUUGAUGAAGAGGUGAAAGAGGAUAUGAUCAAUCAGCACAGCGAGAAGUUAGCCAUUGCAUUUGGGCUUUUGGUAACAAAGAGGGGCAUGCCAUUGGUUAUAACAAAGAACCUCAGGAUAUGCUGCGAUUGUCACAACACCGCAAAGUUUAUAUCUCUAAUUGAGAAGCGUACUAUUAUAAUUCGAGAUUCAAAGCGAUUCCACCAUUUUGAAAAUGGAUUAUGUUCUUGUGGAGAUUAUUGGUAAUUCCUUUAAGCAGUGGUAUGGAAAAACCAACUAAUGUAAGAUCCAUUUGUGUAUUAUCACAUUUUAA